UUACAGAAACUAUCGACAAUGGCAGAUGAUGAGGAACAGAUGGAUGUGCAAGCGGAAAAUGAACAACGUGCUGCGGGUUUAGCAGAACGAGCUGCUCAAAUAUUGCAUAAUUUGCCAUUUUUGAAUUUCCCAGCCAUUGCACCUCAUGAAGGUCGACACGAUUUGGAACCACUGGAUAGAGAUUUUCAUGUAUUAGUACACAAUGCAAAUGCUGUAUUAGCUGAACAACUUGCGGUGCUGGGAGAAGAAGCGAAUCGUGCAGACGAUGAACCAAUAAUGGGUGGAAUGGAGCGCAUUGCCGUAGGACUCAUUGAUGAGUUACGUAAUAUGAUUGAACAUCUGAUAAGACAACGCGAUGAAAUGCGACAACUAGUUAUGCAACGAGGCUUGUUUGAUCCACUCUUCGGUCAAUGGGACGAAUUGCUGGAAGUUUGGGGAGUAAGGAAUUUUACUCGAGAAAGUGGAAAAAUGAAGAAUCCGAAAUCGCUGGAAAAUAUUGUCUUGGAUUACGUCACGAGUAUAAUGAACGAUAUGCCAGCGGAAGCAUAUACUCUAUCAUUACCGUUACUGUUUGAGAUCCACGUUGGUUUAUAUAAGAAAAACAAGUUUCUUAUAUUGUACAAGGAAUGGAGUAGCAUCGACCAGUUUCAAAAAAUUCUAAAUUGGAAAAUGAGAAGAAUGACAGUUCAUGAGCUUUUCAAUGGACUAAUGAAUAAAGGUUACCUAAUUGAACGAAUUUUGUUCGAAGAUUUGAAGCGACGAAUUGUGGAUCGUACAAGAGCGAAAGAUGUGGAAUUGUAUGAUUGUACACUCACCCUAGGCACUUUUCUUUUGGAUCACGGGUCACUUACUCUUCCUGGUGAGAUCUUUAGAUAUUGUCAAAAAAUUUUAAAUUGGCUAUCAGUCGACCAUCAGUUGCGUCAACGAAAAUUAUUUGAACUAAAUUAUUGGUUACUCAAAUAUUACAUGAACAACUGCUCAUUUGUCGAAGCAGUACAUAUUAGUUCAUUUACUGACACCUUAAUUGAUAAACUCGAAAGCAAUGGUGAUAUUGCGACACUUAAUUUCGUGCAAAUUCAAACUCAGUGCGCUUCUUUAUGGUAUGUGCUGGGUCAUUACAAAAAAUCCAUGAAGUUUUGUUUAAAAGCACUAAAGGCUGCUUAUGACAAGGGGACGCAUAUUGCUGCACAAGUAGAGGUUUUGUGUGUUACUGCAAAGAUUCUUGUUUACAAAAGGCGUUUUAACUUAGCCUUGAGAGCUGUUCGUUUCGCUUUGGCAAUUGUUUUGAGCCAUCCAGAGCUUGAGAGGUUACUGUGUUCUGUAUUAUGUGAUUAUGGAGAUUGUUUGCUCAAUUCAGAUCAUGUCGAAAUGGCUGUGCAGGUUUAUACUGUGAUGGCAAAAAUGGUUCACAAACAUUUCGGAACAGAUUCUCUCCGUGAUGGCCAAGCAAUGUAUGAAUAUGCCCGUGCUGCGUACCGGCUUCUGUUUGAUAAUUAUGCUGGGUAUCGCACAAACAAAGAAAAAUAUGUUCAGCUACGUUUUCGCUGUGAAAAGUACGCCAACAAAGCAUUAGAAAUUUGUCGAGCAAAACUGGGUAGAGACCAUUAUCAGCUGUUAAAUGCCGAAGAGCUGCAAGCACUAGUUUCGGUAAAUGGUGCUUUGCAUAAUGAUACUGCUCAGCAACAGUCGCUAAAUGAAGCGAUGGAAAUACAUAUUCGAGCUCUAAACAAAUAUCUUAGCUUCAAAAGUGAGAAUGCGAACUGUGCGAGGACUUAUGAUUAUCUUGGCUACAUAUAUCGUUGGUCUCAAAGACCUGAAGUGUCUGAGGAAAUGUUUGAAAAAGCUUUGGCUAUAAAGAAUGUUAUCUAUGGCAUUAAUGAUCAUGAAACAGCUCUCACCAUGGCUUCUUUGGCUCAUCUUUAUCUGAAGGAUAUGAAUCAACCUAGGGAAGCUUUGGUUCUUUUCAAAAAAUGUCUCGAAAUUGAGCUGAAUAUAUUUGGUGAAGAAUAUUCGGGUCUUGGCACUAUUUAUGAUGGAAUGAUGUUAGCAUACGAAAUAAUCGAUGAUUUCGCAGAAGCAAGAAUUUGUCGCGAGCAGCUGUUAUUAUGGAAAGCUAAGAUGCGCCUGCUUGAAGAAUCACCAUCUGAGAAUCCCUUUGGGGAAUCAUUAUGCAUCGAAGAAACAUUUUCAAAUUUUGCUCUGGAGUGCUUUAAAGCUCUUAGUGUCAGUGAAAUGCAGCAUUCAUCAGAUAUCGAGAUGAAGGAAACGUGUUAA